ACUAACUGUUACUGUAGCACUGUGCCAAGCGGGGCUCUCGUCUCAGCACUUGCGUUUUAACCGAUCACAGUUCUGCUCGCAGGAAUGUACAUGACGUUCAGAGGCUGCACGGUUACUGUAUUUGCGUUUGGCAUUGUCCGCUGAACUGUCAGUCCAGUUGCAUUGUUUGGAUUGAUUUGAGCUGCAGUGUGUGCCGUGCUCACGGAAAGGAGAUUUAUACGGUGUAUCUGAUUUUCUAGCUGAUCAAAAUGCCCAAAAAGAAGCCUGGGCCGAUCCUUUUACACCCAACACCCGACAGCAACACAGUGAAUGGGACCAGUGCUGGAGAGACGAACCUGGGGGCCCUGCAGAAGAAGCUGGAGGAGCUGGAGCUGGACGAGCAGCAGCGGAAGCGCCUCGAGGCGUUCCUCACGCAGAAACAGAAGGUGGGGGAGCUGAAGGACGACGACUUCGAGAAGAUCUGCGAGCUGGGCGCCGGCAACGGGGGCGUGGUGUUUAAGGUGUCGCACAGGCCCUCCGGACUCAUCAUGGCCAGGAAGUUGAUUCACCUGGAGAUCAAGCCGGCCAUCCGGAACCAGAUCAUCCGGGAGUUGCAGGUCCUGCACGAGUGCAACUCCCCCUACAUCGUGGGCUUCUACGGGGCAUUCUACAGCGACGGAGAGAUCAGUAUCUGCAUGGAGCACAUGGAUGGAGGUUCCUUGGAUCAGGUGUUAAAAAAAGCAGGGAGAAUCCCGGAGCAGAUUUUGGGAAACGUCAGCAUAGCAGUAAUAAAAGGACUGGCGUACCUGAGGGAGAAGCACAAGAUAAUGCACAGAGGUGAGGUACAAUGUGGGGCUGGCCGCUCCGUGGUGACAGUGUUCUGUACUGGAUCACCCUGCCCUUGUCUUUUUAUGAUGUGAUGUUGAGUGGUUCUGGCUUCUGGUGAUCCAGUACAGUAUAUCCUCAGAGUUCAGAGCACCUUGGGAAUGGAGGCUGUAUGUAAGUCAA